GACUAGACAUUGACAACUUAUAGUUGUUAAUGACAAUACAAGAAGUCAAAACAAUUCAUAAAAACAAUCAAUACAUAAUACUUUUAACACGGCCCCACUACAAAAAGUGUAUACGAAAUUAAAAAUAAGACCGUAAAAAGGGAAAAAUAAUACCAAUAGUAUUUAGUACUAAGAACGAUGUUUUUUUAUUUUGAAGUGUAAGGUUUAAGUUUUAAAUUCUGAUCAAGUACGGGUGGUGUUAAAUUAACGACAAUAUUACAUUUUAAAAUAUCUAGUUUCUAUUGACGUUCGAAAAAAUGCAUUGGUAUAAAUUAUUUCCUAAUAAAGAAGCCUUUAUCGUUUUUCUCUUAUAUAUUAUUUUAUUUGUAUUCCAAGGUGUUUUCAUAACAGCAUCAAAAACUGAGAAUGGAAUUUAUGACUACAAUACAACACUUGUUGUAUUCUUAUCAGAAUUCUUAAAGCUUAACAUUUCAGCUGUCUUAUAUACAUUAAAGAAAGGGAACAAACCAAACAUUUUUAAAGCUGUAUUUAAAAAUUAUAGCUUACUUUUAUACUACUUUAUACCAUCACUUUUAUAUUGUUUCUACAAUAACUUGGCAUUUAUAAACUUAUCUCAUUAUGAUCCAACAUCCUACUAUGUUCUCCUGCAAUUCAGAGUAGUAAUAACAGCAUUAAUAUUUCAGUUUUUAUUUCGCAAGAAACUUACCUUCAUGCAAUGGAUUUCUUUGGGUAUUCUAACUUUUGGAUGCAUGAUAAAAAAUUUCGACUCUGCCACAGUACAGUCAACGGAAGAAUCAGAUAUUUGGUCUAACAUAUUUAAUAUAUAUUUCUUGUCAAUUAACUUUCAAAACUUUUGUUCUUGCUUGGCAGGCACAUACAAUGAGUACCUCCUUAAAACCAAAGGUUCUAAUGUGGAUAUUUUUUUACAAAAUGUGUUCAUGUAUUUAGAUUCUGUUAUAUGUAAUUUCUUUGUUCUUAUGUGUAAAGGUGAAUUAGGCACAAUAUUUAAAGAUUUUGAAUCUUUAAAUGAUGUAUUUGUAAUACUUAUUACAGUAAAUAGUGCAAUAGUAGGUAUAGUGACUAGCUUUUUUUUGAAGAAUUUAAAUUCAAUUUUAAAAACAUAUGCCAGUGCUCUUGAGCUUGUCAUCACAGCUUUGGUUUGUUAUAUACUCUUUAAUAUAAUUAUAACAUGGUAUACUGUGACAUCUAUAUGCUUAGUAAGUAUUGCAGUGGCCAUGUACUUAAAAAAUCCUGUGAAUAAUGCUAAUACUAACCACGAUGACUCAAAAGAUAAAAAACCACUUUUAGAAGUAGUAAGUAAUUAAUAAACUAUUAACUGAAUACAUUUAUUUCUUGUUGCAUAACAUCAAAGCAAUAGGUAUGUAGAGUCUGCAAUAUUUGUAAAAAAAAUAAUUAAAUGUUACCAUUCUCGAAUAUGUAGUAUAAGGGUAUAAUAAUAGACAUAAACAAUAUCAUUGUUCCUUAAUAUUAAAGGCAGGUCACAUCUUUAGAAUAUAAGAUAUAAUUUAGAGCAUUUUUGGAAUUCUUUUGUGAUAUUUUUUUAGGGAUAUAACAAUUCAAAUCUCAUAUGGUCUUCAAAAUCAUACAUCAGCCUCCAUAAAGAUCUUUGUACUAUUAUUAUG